CUUAUCAAAGAAACACAGAACUAGAAAACUAGGCUCAGUCCCAGCUUUCACCAUGGGAAGUGCACGCUUUUGCUGGGACUUCUAUCUGCUUUUACUCCUCAUAAAUACUUGCCGUGUAAUGGGAAAUGUUGGAAUAGAAGAUACAGACGAGUGUUCCGAGGACACAGAUGACUGCCACAUCGAUGCUCUGUGCCAGAACACCCCCAAAUCCUUCAAGUGCAUCUGUAAGGCUGGUUACAAGGGAGACGGCAAGCAGUGUGAAGAUAUGGACGAGUGUGAUAAUGACUACAACGGCGGCUGCGUGCAUGACUGCAUCAACAUCCCUGGAAACUACAGGUGCACAUGCUAUGAUGGCUUCAUGCUGGCUGAUGAUGGACACAACUGCCUAGAUGUGGAUGAGUGUCAGGACAACAACGGUGGGUGCCAGCAGAUCUGUGUGAACACCAUGGGCAGCUAUGAGUGCCAGUGCAAGGAGGGCUUCUUCCUGAGCGACAACCAGCACACCUGCAUCCACCGCUCCGAAGACGGAAUGAACUGCAUGAACAAGGAUCACGGCUGUGCCCAUAUCUGCAGGGAAACUCCCAAAGGUGGCGUGUCGUGCGAGUGCCGGCCGGGGUUCGAACUGGCCGAGAACCAGCAGGACUGCAGAUUGACGUGUAACUAUGGAAAUGGAGGUUGCCAGCACACUUGUGAAGACACUGAUGUUGGACCAUUGUGUGGCUGUCACCAGAAAUAUGCCCUGCACUCUGACCUCAAGACCUGCAUUGAGGAGGAUGAGGCUGCAAUUGAGAGCUCUGAGUUCAAUACCACGUCAGUAGCUGAUGUGGACAGGAGGGUGAAGCGUCGUCUGCUUAUGGAGACCUGUGCAGUGAAUAAUGGUGGAUGUGAUCGUACAUGUAAAGACACGGCCACCGGUGUCCGUUGCAGCUGUCCUGUGGGCUUCACACUGCAGCCGGAUGGCAAGACCUGCAAAGACAUCGAUGAGUGUCUGGAGAACAAUGGCGGCUGUGACCAUUUAUGCAGGAAUACUGUGGGCAGCUUUGAAUGCAGCUGUCAGAAAGGGCACAAACUCCUAACCAAUGAGCGCACUUGUCAAGAUAUCGACGAGUGCUCUUUUGAGAGAACCUGUGAUCACAUCUGCAUCAACUACCCAGGAAGUUUUGAGUGUGUUUGUCACAGAGGCUACACUCUCUAUGGUCUCACACACUGCGGAGACAUCGAUGAAUGCAGCAUCAGUAACGGCAGCUGUGAAUACGGCUGUGUAAACACACAGGGUAGCUAUGAGUGUGUGUGUCCACCUGGUCAGAAACUACACUGGAACAAGAAAGACUGUGUUGAGGCAGUGAACUGCCUGGCCAGCGGGAAGUCUGCUGCCCGUGCUCUGCUCAGCUGCUCCAAGACGGGCGGAGUGGAGGUGUGCUCCCUCUCCUGUCCAUCAAACGCCCUCUUCCUGGCGGAUUCAGAAAACAGCUACUCUCUGAGCUGUGGAGUACCAGUCCAAUCAGGCACAUCAGCACCAAAAAGGAACACUACAUCUACCUCCCCCUCUCUACAGAGCUGCACAGAAACAUUGGCUCAGCCCAUCAAACAGAAGACACGGUUUAAGAUCAAGGACGCCAAGUGUCACCUGAGGCCACGUAACAAGGAGAAGCAUCGAGAUGUGGCCAAGCAGAGCCUUCAGGGAGGUCAGUUCCCCUGCACAGAGGACUGUCAGGUGACAUUUGUAAAUCUGAAGUGUGAGUCGUCCAAAAAGCGUCGGCGGGGCCGGAAGUCUCCAUCUAAAGAGGUCUCGCAAAUCACUGCCGAGUUCGAGAUGGAGAUGAAGGAGGAGGAAGCUUCAGAAUCGUGCGACGUGAACUGCGUGCGGGAGAGGGUGAAACAGAGGCUUCAGAACACUCUGCGCACCCUGAGGAAGUCCAUCAACAAGCAGCAGUUCUACAUCCAGUUCUCGGGCACGGCGUACGAGGUGGCUCAGCGCGCCGCACUCCAGCCGGACGCCGCCGAGUCCUGCAGCACCGGACAGGUCCUCAUGGACAGCAAGUGCGUCAGCUGCGGUGCAGGGACCUUCUUCAGUGGUGAGCAGGAGCAGUGUGUGCAGUGUCCUCCGGGAACCUAUCAGGACAUGGAGGGUCAGCUGUCCUGUGAACCCUGCCCCAGCACAGAGCCGCAGGGCAUCACCGGAGCCAAGAACGUCUCUGAGUGCGGAGGUCAGUGCCCGCCUGGUCAUUUUUCUGUCGACGGCUUUCGUCCAUGUCAGUUGUGCCCGCUCGGCACAUUCCAGCCGGAGCCGGGCCGGGUUCUGUGCUUCCCCUGUGGGGGUGGACUCAUGACCAAACACACUGGGAGCACGUCCUUCAGAGACUGUGAAGCCAAAGUCCACUGUGCUCCAGGACACCACUACAACUCCAGCUCCCACCGCUGUAUCCGGUGUCCGGCCGGCACUUACCAGUCCGACUUUGGGCAGAACUAUUGCAUCACCUGCCCUGGAAACACCACCACUGACUUUGAUGGGGCCACCAAUGUGACCCACUGCAAGAACCAAAUGUGUGGGGGUGAACUAGGAGACUUUAUGGGCUACAUCGAGUCCCCCAACUACCCUGGGGACUACCCAUCUAAUGUGGAUUGCGUCUGGACCAUCAAUCCCCCCAACAAGAGACGCAUCCUCAUCGUCGUGCCCGAGAUCUUCCUCCCUAUUGAGGAUGAGUGUGGUGACGUGCUCGUCAUGAGGAAGAGCUCCCAGCCCACGUCCAUAACAACCUAUGAGACGUGUCAGACUUACGAGCGUCCAAUCGCCUUCACCUCCCGCUCCCGUAAACUUUGGAUUCAGUUCAAGUCCAACGAGGGUAACAGCGGCAAGGGCUUCCAGGUUCCCUACGUCACCUACGAUGAAGAUUAUCAACAGCUCAUAGAGGACAUUGUACGAGAUGGUCGACUCUAUGCUUCAGAGAAUCACCAAGAAAUAUUGAAAGAUAAGAAGCUGAUUAAGGCUCUGUUUGACGUCCUGGCUCACCCUCAUAACUAUUUCAAGUACACGGUUCAGGAGUCCAAGGAGAUGUUCCCACGCUCCUUCAUUAAGCUGCUACGCUCCAAAGUCACCAGGUUUCUACGGCCGUACAAAUAGAAACCUGGAGGCCACCUCUAUCCCAGUCCCAGUCUGCCCUUGUCUCCUCUCACGUACCUCCUUCUGUCCUCAUUUCCUUUCACGUGCCUCCAUCUCUCCUCAUAUCCUCUCACGUGCCUCCUUCUCCCCUCCUAUCCUCUCACGUGCCUCCUUCUCCCCUCAUCUCUUUUCACGUGCCUCCUUCUCCCCUCAUAUCCUCUCACAUACCUCCUUCUCCCCUCAUCUCUUUUCACGUGCCUCCUUCUCCCCUCAUAUCCUCUCACGUGCCUCCUUCUCCCCUCAUCUCCUCUCACGUGCCUCCUUCUCCCCUC